AUGCUGGGAGGAUCAACAGGAGAAAAACCUGGCUUAGCUAUUGAAGCUCUGGAACAUGCUCAGCGAGCUUGUAUAGCAACAUAUACCUCACAACUGCCAUCAGCCACAGUGAAUCACCUUAUUUCUUCAGCUUUAAAAGUUUGGAGUGAUGUUAGUCCAUUAACAUUUAUCCCAUCCAGCACUGGAAAGGCUGAUAUAAUCAUCAGAUUUACAACGACAGCGCAUGGAGACUCUCAGCCGUUUGAUGGCCCAGGAGGCACUGUGGCUCAUGCAUUUGGACCUGGAGCAGGAAUUGGAGGUGAUGCUCAUUUUGAUGGAGAUGAAAAGUGGUCAGCAGAACAUAAUGGUAUUAACUUGUACCUUGUCGCUGCUCAUGAGUUUGGCCACUCAUUAGGUCUCCUCCAUUCAAGAAAUCCAGCUUCACUGAUGUAUCCAACAUACCAAAAACGCAGGCUACAGGGAUCUCCUCUCUCCUUUGAGGAUGUACAUAAGAUUCAAACACUGUAUGCAACCUUCUUGCAUUCAUAUUUGUACCUUAGUUAUGAUGAAUCUACACAUACUAUGGAUAAGGACUAUCCCAAGAACAUUUCAUAUGCUUUCCCAGGAAUAAGUGGCAAAGUAGAUGCAGCAUUUGAAAUGACUGGUUUCCUGCACUUCAUUAUUGACUUCAAAUCAUACAAGUACGACUACAAAUCCCACAUCAUUGUGGAUGUCUUUGAUGUGGGCACCUGGUUGGGAUGCUAG